CAUAUCCACAGCUAACAUUGCCUAAAAAUAAAUUUUGAGUAGUUUACUCGUCCGACCCGACCACAGCGAAAGUACGGAAAAAGUAAACAUUUCAGAGCGAAGAAGAAGAGCGAAAGGGUUUCAUCCGCCGCCAUGUCGGAGCUCGACGAGAUUGAGCUAGAGGCCGAGGAUUUCCACUCUUCCUUGCCGCUCAAGAAGGUUCCAUACGGCGACGUUUUCGAGGCCUCGCGCGCCGGCGACGUCGACCGCCUACGCUAUCUAUUGGAAUCCGGCGUCAACGUCAACGCGCGCGACCAAUGGGAUUCCGUCGCGCUCUACUACGCCUGCCUCGCCGGCCACCUCGACGCCGCGCGGAUGCUGCUCGAGAGCGGCGCUAUAUGCUCCGAGCACACCUUCGACGGCGACCGCUGUCACUACGCUGCGCUCAAUCUCAAGGUCCGGAAGCUGCUCAAGGCCUUCGAGGCGCGACCGCCGCCGCUCCAGCCGCUGCAGGCGGCGCUAAGAGACACCUUUUUGUCAUGUACGGCCAAUCAAGCAUAUAUCAAUGACCAAUCCAAUGCCUUCGGCGCCAACAGUCAUCUCAAUUCUGUUUUGCCAAUAGGUAAUCCAUCGAACGGAGAGUCAAGUUCCAGCUACUGUCCACCUGAUAUUGUAUUUUAUGUGCAAGGGAGACCUCUUGAAGCUCACAGAGUGAUAUUAGCUGCACGAUCUCCCUUCUUCAAGAAAAAAUUGAAGACUGAUUGGAAAGAGAAAAAGGAAGUGCGGUUUUCCCGGGAAAGGCUUACUUAUUCCUCGCUUUUUAGCCUAGUCCACUUCUUUUAUUCGGAUAGGCUAGAAGUUGCUGUUGAUGACAUGGAAGAUCUUGUAAGAAUUUGCCGAGUCUGCAAGUGUCAAUCUCUGCAAAUUCUUCUUGAGAAAGAGAUAGUUCAUCAAAGGCAUGCCGAAUACAAAUCCCUUAGAGAUAUAGACAACUCUCAGAAGAGGUUUAUCUUGCAGGGCUCGUCCCUUCCCGGAGAAGAUCGUCUCCCGGCUGCGUUAAGGCGAGUGCUCAAUAUCUCUCUCACAGAUUCAUCGAGGGAACAGGACCUUGAGGAUGGUAUUGAUGGUGCUUUAUCUCUUGUUGAUUCAUUGGAGAUGAGCAAUUUAGAAGAUGAUCUGGCUGAUAUAUGUGUGAGGAUUGAGAAGAAGAUAUUCCGAUGCCACCAAGUUAUCUUAGCUUCGAGAUCUGAAUACUUUAAGGCUAGAUUAGCCCGGAUGAAGGAUUUUCUUGAAGGAAGAGAUUCUUUACCGAAUAAUACUCUUCUGUGUCUGGAGGAACGUGAUCUAAGUGCCGAGGCAUUUCAUAAGAUGAUAGAAUUCAUGUAUACUGAUACACUCACAGACAUAGAUCCUGAUCAGGCUGAAGAAAUGUUUGAUGCUGCUUCGAGAUAUCUAUUAUUUCCUCUCAAACGAGCUGUAGCUGACGCUCUUCUACCACAACUCGAAAUGGUUUCUCCUGCAGAACUGUGUCAUUGGUUGCUGUUGUCUGACAUGUAUGGUGUCUCAAAGAUUCGUGAGUACUGCCUGGACUUAAUGGCAUGCAACUUUGAGACAUUCGCUGCUACUCCACAGUUCCGGGCAAUGCUUUUGACUCUCCCUCCUCCAUCUGGAGAUUCAUCAUUUCGGACAACAGCUCCGAGUGCCCCAGGUGCUGAGACAAAUCAAACAGAAGGAAACCUUCUAGACGAUUUACGUGAAAAAUGGCUCGAAGCUGAAGGCGCAGAGCUUGACAGGAGAGAUGAAAGUGCGCUGAUCUUCGACAAGCGUCUUGAGAUACUAAUGCUUGUGGCUGAACAGGAGAAAUCUCCUGAAUCUGAAGGCUCCAGAACAUGAUAGUUGCUGUUAGGAUGAGCAUCAUUUUCGGGUUCACCUGUCACCACGAGAUAUAGACAAGAGAGCACGUAUAAGCAACAUUCACAAGAGAGAAAUUCAAGUCUGCACCAAUACUGAUGACUUGGUUGCAAUUCUCAACUUUCCGAAAAGGCAUCUUAAUUGGAGGUUUUGUAGCCAAUUUCCAGUUUACACACCCAGGAGAAACCUUAUCCAACACUUCCAAAAGCACCCAUCUACAUGCUCGGAAGAACAAACAUAAAUAAAAACCAUUGAAUUCCAUUCUUUCAGCUUGCUCAAGAAUCAAGUUUGCUCUUUUCACAGGAUCGUUUGUUUCCAGUAUUGCAUUCGAGCCAUGUUCGGGGGCAAGAGUAUUAAGCAAGUAUGCGUAAGCUUCUCCAUCCUGUAUUGCAAUAAUAUUUUAUACAAGAAAUGUGUAUUUGAUUACCUCCAAGAAUAACCACUAAAAUGAACCAUUAUUUCCCCAAUUAUAGCAAGAGAAUAAGAUGUUAUUAAAGAACAACUGAACAAAUUUUGUGAGGAAGUGACGAAAGGGAAAUGGUAAAGCGGGAAAACCAAUUUAGUA